CCCUGGCUAAAUGCCCCCUCUGCCCCACACAAAACCUGGCCUUGAUCUUGGCAGGUCCUGGAGGAGAGUGGAAACUCCUCCCCAGCCAGGUGUCGGGGGUGUUUGAUUCCCAUGGGCUGGCGCUUGGUGCUGAUGCGGGCAUUUCCUCUACCCCCUUGGACCUUGGCCUGGAGCUCAGGAGCCCUUCCUGUCACCCCUGUCCUCCUCCCUCAAGAGUCGUGGGCACCUGGUUCCAGCGCAUAUGCGCCUGGAGACACCUGCCUUCCCUCCCCUUUGUCUCAGGUCUGGUCCUGAGCAAUGGGUGGUGACAGGCUGGUCCUUGCUGCAGGCAGAGUCUCUGGCAGAGUAGCAUGGUUCCGAGUUCUCAUUCCCCAGGUGGGGUUAGGGUCGCUCCAUCAGUUGUUCCGGACCAGGUGCCGGCGGGGUCCUAAGAAGUGGAGUCAUGCCCUCUGAGGCCCAGCCACCCCUUGCCCAGAAUGCCCGAGGGCCCCGAGCUGCAUCUGGCCAGUCUCUAUGUGAAUGAGGCGUGCAAGGGACUGGUGUUUGCCGGGUGUGUGGAGAAGUCACCUGUCAGCCGCAACCCUGAGGUGCCGUUUGAGAGCAGCGCGUACUGCAUCUCCUCCUCGACCCGUGGCAAGGAGCUGCGCCUGACUCUGAGCCCCCUGCCUGGGGCCCAGCCCCCACAGGAGCCACUGGCCUUGGUCUUCCGCUUUGGCAUGUCUGGCUCCUUCCAGCUGGCGCCCCGGGACGCACUGCCGGCCCAUGCCCACCUGCGCUUUUACACAGCUCCCCCUGGUCCCCCACUCGCCCUCUGCUUCGUGGACAUCCGCCGCUUUGGCCAUUGGGACCUCGGGGGCGAGUGGCAGCCCGGCCGCGGGCCUUGUGUCUUGCUGGAGUAUGAGCAGUUCAGGGACAACGUGUUACGAAACCUAGCGGACAAGGUCUUUGACCAGCCCAUCUGCGAGGUUCUCUUGGACCAGAGGUUCUUCAAUGGCAUUGGCAACUAUCUGCGGGCAGAGAUCCUGUACCGGCUGAAGAUACCCCCUUUUGAGAAGGCCCGUAAGGUUCUAGAGGAGCUGCAGCAGCACAGGCUGAGCCCGGAGCUGACCCUGAGCCAGAAGAUCAGGGCUAAGUUGCAGAACCCAGACCUGCUGGAACUGUGUCACUCCGUGCCCAAGGAAGUGGUCCAGCUGGGGGGCAAAGGAUACGGGCCGGAGCACGGGGAGGAGGACUUUGCUGCCUUCCGAGCAUGGCUGCAGUGCUAUGGUGUGCCUGGCAUGAGCUCCCUGCGGGACCGGCGUGGCCGGACCAUCUGGUUCCAGGGGGAUCCUGGACCCCUGGCCCCGAAAGGAGGCAAGUCCCGCAAGAAGAAAUCCAAAGGAGCACAGCAGGGGCUGGAGCACAGACUGGAGGACCCUCUCGUUCCAAGCACAGCCCCUUCCAGGACAUGUGGGACACCCAGAGGCCCUCCUGGUCAAAGUACAGCCCAGCAGCCAGAGGGGACCAGCCUCCAGCAGGACCCAGAGGUCCCGCCAGUCCCUGGGAAGGGAAAAAGGAGGAGGAGACCAGCAACCUCAGGCCACCGCAGACCCCGAAGGAUCAAAGCUGACACCCCAUCCUUGGAUAAUGAGGGGACGGCAGCCUCUUAGCAGGAGGGCCUCCUUGCUCUGCCAAGCCCUGCGGGGCCUGGGUGGCUCAGCUGAAGCAGGCUGGAGCUGCUGGGGGCCAGGUGUCCCGGUUCUGUGGCUAUUCCCUACACAACUAUGAUGUUUUUAAUUGUACCCCAUCCCCCAUUUUUUAAACCCACGUGAAAAA